AAGCAGGGGCGGACUGACCAUUUGGAAACUCGGGCACUGCCCGAGGGCCCGGGGUCAGUAGGGGGCCCCAUGAGAUGCCCCUGGUACCUUUUUCAUAGGCUUUUUUGAGUUUGGGCAAGGACACAGGGGCCCCAUAAUCCCCUAUUGUCCGGGGGCCCCAUGAGUUGUCAGUCCGCCCCUGGCAGAGGGUUAAUAUUGGAGUGAUUUAUUCUUUCCCCAUUCGGGUUGUGGGGUAGGAGAGUCAUAGGAAACAAUGGAGAGG